AUGGGCUUCGUGGACCGCAACAUAUCUCGCUACGAGACCACAGCCGUAUACUCCCACCCAGACGCCAAGGUGGACAUCGUCCUCGUCCACGGCCUCAACGGGAACCCCGAAAAGACGUGGACCGCCAGCGACGGCACCUUCUGGCCUACCGAUCUCCUGCCCGCCUCUCUCAGGGGCGUCCAGGCCAACGUCCUGGUCUACGGGUACAACGCCGACGUGUACAGUCGCAAAAACGACCGCAGCGCGAGCGACAACUUCAUCCACCAACAUGCCCAGACCCUCGUCACCAGCCUCACCCUGUACAGGAAGAGCGAGGGCACCUUUCGGAACCCCAUCAUCUGGGUCUGCCACAGCCUGGGCGGCAUCUUGGUGAAGCGCGCGCUGCUGUACUCGAAUGACCUGCGCACGACGCACCACCAAGACUUCCGGUCCAUCUACGUCUCUACAUUUGGCCUCAUCUUCCUCGGCACUCCGCACGUCGGCUCAGACGCCGCCACGUGGGGGCUCAUGCUGCAGGGCAUGGCGGAUGCCAUCAUGCCCAGGAAGUUCUUCGAGUCGGAGCCGGUGCUGCUCAAGACCCUCAAGAAGGACAACGAGACGCUGGCCAACAUCAACAACCACUUUCUGGACAUUUACCAGCGCUUCAGAAUCCACAUGGUUCACGAGAACCACAAGACCGACAUCAAAGGCACCAAAAUCACAAUUGUCGAUGCCAACUCCGCGAGCCCACAGCUGCCCGGCGUGACGUACUACGGCGUGGAAGCGACGCACUCCCAAAUGUGCAAGUUUGCCGGCAAAAACGCCCCCGGCUUCCGGGCCGUGUCGACCGACAUUCGCCAAUGGGUCCAGGAUGCCCCGGCCCUCAUCAGCGUGCGCUGGGAAGCCGAGGAGCAAGACAAGGCCACCCGUAUGCGGCACGAAAUCCACGAACGCAUGUCCCCAUUUAUGUCCCCUUCUUCGCCGCUGGUCACCCCAUUGUCGCCACGCCGGGAGAGCGAUCUGUCCAACAUUUCGACGCUGUCGCUCAGUGACGGGUCCAACAUCUCCUCACUCUCCCUCGCCUCGUCUCAUGUUCCGAGGACGUUUCUCGCCGCUCCGCCCAGACAGGACGUUGUCCCGCCAAAGGUUCCUACCGUGAUAGUCUUGGAUGAGAUGGGUGACGUUGCGGAGCAGUUUUACAAGCUGAUGAAGUAA